AUGGGCAACGUUGUUUCAGUCUUUUCUCCGGGCAACGGUCACCGCAUCGAGGGUUCCAAGGAAGAGCUUGAGCAGAAGCUGGCCGACAGAGAGGAGACCAUCACCGUCCUCGAGGAAGACCUCUCCAAGAAGGAGAAGCAGUACACUUCACUCUCCAGCGAGGCCGAGGACCUGCGCCAGAAGAUCCAGGAGCUCGACGCCCAAUUGACCUCGUCCAACAACGAGAGCAAGGCCCGCAUCGCCACCCUCGAGUCCGAGCUCGCCGCCAGUAACGACAAGGUCACCCAGCAUCUCCAAGCCAACGGUACCGCAGAGUCCCAGCGCUCCCAAGAGCUCGAUAGCGCAAAGAAGCAGCUCGAGAAGCUCCAGCAGCAGAAGAAGGCCCUUGAGGAUGAUCUCGCUGCCGUGAAGGAGCAGCUGGCCGAGGCCAAGAAGGAUCGUGAGACCCUCGAGGCCUCGUUGCGUGACGAGAUCAAGUCGCUGCAGGGCCGCUUAACCGACGCCGACCAGGCCCGCUUUACCCUGCAGGAGACCCUCGACAAGAUCAAGGCCGACGCCGACUCGAAAACCAAGUCGCUCGACGAGAAGACCACCGCCCUCGCCACUCUCGAGGGCAAGCUCUCGACCCUCGAGGGCGAGCACACCAAGCUCAAGAAUGCCACCGAGGCCGAGCUGUCCGCUGCAGGCGACAAGCACGCUGCUCUCCAACAGGCCCUCGACAAGCUGAAGGCCGACUCCGACUCUGAGCUCGCGGCUGCUAAGAAGGAGCUGAGCGACGCUCAGGAAAAGUUCGCUGCCCUCCAGCAGACCCAUACCGAUCUCAAGAACGGCUCCGACGCCGACGUGUCUGCGGCCCAGAAGGACCUCGCCGACGCCAAGGAGAAGCUCGCCAGUCUCCAGCAGACUCUCGACCAGCGCGAGGCCGAAGCCAGUUCGGAGCUCGAGGCUGCCAAGAAGGAGCUUGCCAACGUCCAGGCCAAGUUCGCCGAACUCGAGGAUAACCACAACAAGCUCAAGGCCGGCUCUGAGGAGCAGGUUUCGGCCGUCAAGAAGGAACUUGCCGAAGCACAGGAGAAGGUUGCCACCCUUCAGCAGACCAUUGAUGGCCUCAAGUCCGAUUCUGAGUCCGAUCUGUCCAGCACGAAGAAGGAGCUUGCCGAGGCACAGGAGAAGCUUGCCGCGCUUCAGCAGAGCAGCGACAAGUCCAAGGCUGAGUCGGAUCAGGAGCUUGCCGCUGCCAAAAAGACCCUCGCCGAGACUCAAGAGAAGUACGCUAAGCUGCAAGAGACCCACGGCGCCGAGCUUGAAUCCGCCAAGAAGAGCGUCGCCGAGUGGGAGGAGAAGUACAACAAGUUGGAGCAGACGCUCAAGGCCCAGCAAGAGGCUCAGUCCAGCUCUAGCGCCGAGCUUGAAUCUGCGAAGAAGACUAUUGCCGAGUCGGAAGAGAAGUAUGCCAAGUUGCAAUCUGCCCACGUUGCAGAACUUGAGGACGCGAAGAAGAACGUUGCCGAUUGGGAGGCCAAGUACAACAAGCUUGAGCAGGCCCGGCAAGAGUCUCUGUCUACCUCCAACGCAGAGCUCGAGACUGUAAAGAAGAGCCUAGUUGAAGCCGAGGAGAAGUACGCCAAGUUGCAGCAGGCCCAUGACGCCGAGCUUGAGACCGCCAAGAAGAAGGUCGCCGACUGGGAGGAGAAGUACAACAAGCUUCAAGAGUCGCAGUCCAGCUCCAGUGCCGAGCUUGACUCGGCGAAGAAGAGCCUAGCUGAGUCGGAGGAGAAGUAUAAGACGCUGCAGCAGGCCCAAGAAAAGGCUCUGUCCGAAUCCAGCGCCGAGCUGGAAGCUGCUAAGAAGAGUGUAUCGGAGUGGGAGAGCAAGCACAACAGUCUCCAGCAGGAACAGGAGAAGGCCAAAUCAGAGACUAGCGCCGAGUUGGACACUGCCAAGAAGACCGCCGCUGAAUGGGAGGAGAAGUACACUGCUUUGCAACAGGCCCAGGAGAAGGCUCAGUCCGAAUCUAGCGCCGAGCUCGAGGCUGCCAAGAAGAGCGUUGCAGAGUGGGAGGGCAAGUUCAAGACUCUGCAGGAGUCUCACGAGAAGGCCAAGGUCGAUUACGAGUCAGAACAUUCUGCCACCAAGAAGAGCUUGUCCGACCUCGAGGAGAAGCACAGCGCCUUGCAGCAGGCCCACGACAAAACGAAGACCGAGUCUGUCGAGGAGUCCUCGCGCUUGAGCAAGGAGCUGGCUGAUCUGCAGACCAAAUAUGCCGACCUCGAGAAGUCCAACGAGACUACCAAGACGAACGCGACUGCCGAGUUGGAGAGCGCCAAGAAGGAUGCUGCCACCUGGCAGGAGAAGGCCGAGCAGUCCGUGUCUGCCCGCGUUUCCCUCACCAAGGAGCUCCAGGCGGCCAAGGAGGCUCAAGCCAAGCUCGAGGCUGAACUGCAGAAGCUCCGUGACGAGCUUGCCAAGCCUGCCGCUGUCAACGGCGAGAAGUCUGCUGUCGAGGCCACCGAGGAUGUGAAGAAGCCUACGGAGGAGACGGCCGCUGCAUGA